AUGACACGUCUUGGCGUAUGUGCACUCGCUGUGGCCCUGGCUACAGGCCACUCUCUGGCUGUUCCUGUGCCCUCUAUCAUCGAGCGUGCAAUGCAUCGCUUUGAGGAGUCUCAGGCUCUGCAGGACACUAAAAUUCCCAUCGAGCCUGCGAGCAGCACCCCUACUGACACUUUUGACAACCCUCCAGACACCCCUGAGCAGGUGCUUGACAGUUUUCUGAAGGCUGUGCAGAAGCAGUUGCAAAUGCAAGAAACUCUCAUCAGGCAGCUAGCACACGAUGUCUUGAAUUACUUGAAAGAGCUACAACAAUCCUGGGAAAAUGCUCAAUCCUCCGACUUCGGCAGGGUCACCGAGAUGAUGGAAAUGAUCAGCGGCCGCAUGAAGACUGCCCAAAAAGAAGCCGAUAAUCUGGCUAGCAAAACGAAAACCGAGGCAGAGAUUCGCAGUGAAACUAUCAAAUUUCUAAACGAGGUGCGUGUACAGGAUGCAGUUGUCGACGCUUUGUGGGCAUCUCUGCGUGGCAUUCAAACUAGCACGUGGAUGGCUGGUGCCGAUGGUACUGGUGAGAAGGACUUAUUUUCGAUUGCGAAUCAAGCUGCAGAGGACUUUCUUAGCCGUAUGUAUCAAAACCUUCAUGCUGCUGGCAUGGCUGAGGAGGACAUUGUCAAGUUUCUGCCGAAGGGGGGGCUUGAGAGAGACCAAAAUCGUAAACGGGAUAUGCAGGCCUACGGCCAUGGACAUGGGUAUGGCCAUGGAUAUGGCCAUGGAUAUGGUCAUGGAUAUGGCCAUGGGUAUGGCCAUUGGUAUGGACACCGUUAUCCAGGAUACGGUUAUGGCUACCCAGGAUACGGCUAUGGCUACCCAGGAUACGGCUAUGGCUACCCGGGAUACGGCUAUGGGUAUCCAGGGAUCUGCUGGGGUCCGACCUGCUUGACUACUCAGGAGUGUGUUGUGAAUGCUGCCAGCGGUGCAGACCGGGGACUCAAGGGCGCCGCUGUUAUACCCGUCGACCUCUGGAGACAUACUUUAUCAUGUCUUAGCGAAGCUGCUGCUACUUUUACAGGGGUUGCUGUGUUCUCUGCACAAGUUUCGACAUCUGUCAGCGAAGUAAGCAUUAGUAGGGACCACCUUUCCAGUACGAAUGCGUUUGUGUGCGUUUCCGAACUUGUCACUAGCUGUGUUACACUGGAUGAUUGCGAAAAAAUUAAUUUUAAAACAAAUAACCUCUUUUUAGAGACUUUCCCUGUUCUAGAACCUUUAUAUGUACCAAAAGACAGGGACAGUUGCUCUGCUGGUGGGGGAUUCUAG